AUGGAUGCUAGUACCGAAAAUGUUAUUGUGGCAGAUAUACAGAGGGCGUUUCGAUGGUUUCACAACAACAGAAGGUGUGGUGAUGGAAGUGUUAUUAUAGGCAGUUCGCACAUCAAUCAGGUGUACUUUUUUAAAGGUAGGAAGAUUCUACAGUCAGUUGGACCAGAAAUACCAGUUUAUCAAAUAGAUCGACUUCAGAGACUCCAAAACCAGGCUGCUCGGGUAGUAAUGAAUGUGUAUGACCAACCUAGUGCUGAUCUCAGAAAAUCUCUACAUGGGUUACCAGUCAAGGCACGGAUUAUGUUUAAAGUAAUUCUUAUUGUUUUCCGAGUAAUACAAGGAACAGCUCCAACGUAUCUCCUAACUUUGUUUAAUUGUGUGAGAAGAAAAUACAGUCUAAGAUCAGCUGCUGAUGACACUUGUUCACAGUUUGUUGUGCCAAGACGCAGGACCAGACUUGGUGACAGAUCUAUUUCUGUUAUGGGACCUAAAUGGUGGAACGCCCUACCAAAAGACUUAAAGUGCAUUGCAUCGGAAAUUGCAUUCAGAAAAAGACUGAAAGCACACCUCUUUGAACAAUUUUAUAGAUAA